AAAUAAUCUUACCUUUACCCCAACACGAACAAAUUUUUGGUUCUUUUAAACCUUCCUUCACAUUUCCAGAAGCUUUUUGCUCUCUUUCUCCUUUCCUUCAUUUAUCCUUCAAUCUGGUAUCAUCUCCUAAAUUUAAUUCCAUUUGUGUUACUAGGUUCAAAUUCUCUGAAAUAAGUAGUAAUUUCUUGGUGAAAAAUUACUGAAAAAAUUAUUAAAAACUCCCAAAUUUUUCUGGGUUUUGGAUAAUACAUAUGGGAAGUGGAGAAAAUGGCACAAAGUUUCUUCAAGAACUGGUGUUGUAUGCAGCAAGCGCUGCCCUUAGCUGUUUGGUAUUAUUUGCAGGACUUAAACACUUAGACCCAAAUCGUGAAGCGUCAAAGAAAGCCCUUGAAAUGAAAAAAGAUAUUUCUAAACGUUUGGGUAGACCUCUUAUUCAUACUAACCCUUAUGAGGAUGUUAUUGCAUGUGAUGUCAUAAAUCCUGACCACAUAGAUUGCAAGUUUGACUCAAUUGGAGGCUUAGAGAGCAUUAAACAGGCAGUAUAUGAACUUGUCAUUCUUCCACUGCGGAGACCAGAGCUAUUUGCUUAUGGGAAACUGCUUGGUCCCCAAAAAGGAGUCUUACUUUAUGGCCCUCCAGGAACCGGAAAAACAAUGCUAGCAAAAGCUAUUGCUAAGGAGUCUGAUGCAGUUUUUAUUAAUGUGAGAAUAGCAAAUUUGAUGAGCAAAUGGUUUGGUGAUGCACAAAAACUUGUUGCAGCUGUAUUUAGCUUGGCCUACAAAUUACAGCCUGCAAUUAUAUUCAUCGAUGAGGUAGAUAGCUUUUUAGGACAACGCAAAAACUCUGAUCAUGAAGCACUGAUGAACAUGAAAACAGAGUUCAUGUCUUUGUGGGAUGGCUUUACAACUGAUCAGAAUGCUAGAGUAAUGGUCCUUGCUGCUACAAAUCUUCCAUCAGAACUUGAUGAGGCUAUUCUUCGUCGUUUUUCUCAGGCCUUUGAAAUCGGAAUGCCUAAUAGCAAGGAGAGGGCAGAGAUAUUGAAAGUUAUUCUGAAAGGCGAGAGAGUGGAAGAAAACAUCGACUUUGAUUAUCUGGCUAGCUUGUGUGAAGGACGUACCGGUUCUGAUCUAGUUGAUCUUUGUAAAAAGGCUGCAUAUCUUCCAAUCAGGGAGCUCCUCGAUGAUGAGAAGAGCGGGAAACCGCUUCAUGAUCCACGACCGUUGACACAAAUUGAUUUAGAGAAAGUCCUCGCCGCGUCUAAAAAGACAAAUGUAGCUGCACAUGAAUACUCGAGGCUAAUGUCGAGAUCAUCUUCCUGGGCAUUACAGAGAGACGGAGAAGAUGUACCUGUCCAAAACAUGAUCAACGAGCUCUCGAAGCUUGUCUUGGCCCAAAUGUUGAACUUGCAGAAUGAUAACCAAGACUAAGAUUUACAAAUGAUUUACAAAUGUUGAACUUGUCUUUUUAUAGUUAUUUACAAAUGAUCGUUAUUGACUAAGAUUUUCUAAUAAGUCAUUUGUGGUUAUUUUAUUACUCCCUCCAGUUUUUUUAAGUUGUCCUCUUUAAUUUUGGCACACUAUCUAAUGUACUGAUUCAAUUUUAAAUAUCUUUAAUUGUGUAUGAAUAAAAAUUAUAAAAAUUUGAUA